GGAGAUGGCAGCGUCGGAGCUGCGCGAGGCGCUGGUAGAGUCUUUGGAGAGCCGAGGGGUCCUGAGGGAUAUCAAAGCUCGACUGCGAGCAGAGAUCUGCCGCGUCCUCGAUGACCCUGUACGCGAGAGGGACGGAAAGACGACGCAGGAGGACGGUAUUGUGUGUGUCUUGUCCGUCAGGGUCAGGGGCGGCCUUCGUUGCCUCCGGAGAACCUCAUCAUCAACGAGCUGAUACGGGGUCAGCCAGCAGCGCGUUGCAUGGCAACAAAAUACAGCGAGCAUUGGCCCAUUUUCCGUGUGUGCUCAGAGUAUUUGGAGUACAAUCGCUACCACCAGACCCUCUCGGUGUUCCUGGCAGGUCUGCUGCUCUACACCUGUGUGAGGCGUGUUGGGUUUGAUGCCGCCUCGUUUGGUUCCCCCCUUCAGAGUCGGGGCAGCCCGAGACCCCUCCCUUCGACAGGCGCUUCUUGGCCACAGAGCUGCGGCUCGAGGAAGACUUCAGGACACAGUCCCUGUAGGCCAAAGACCCUCACCACCAUCAAACACACGAAGUCCAUGAUCUGUUUCCUCGCGGCUUCAGGCCGAUAUUGUAUGGGUUGGUGCACGGCCUCCAGUCCCAGCUGCCCGCCGAGAGGCUCUCGUCGCUGCCCAAACGGGACCGGCCCCCUCCCUCCGCCCUCACACACCAGGCGAUGAGUGUGCCCACCUACCCCAGGAGGCCACAGCCCCACCCACAGUCGAGUGUGGUGGGCCGCCGGGCGUUCGUGAGCGGUGCUGCUCUGCCGCGGGUGGAUCGUGAGGGGGACGGGUGUCUGCUGCGCAUCGAUGGCCGCACGCCGGCUGUUAGCGACGAGCAGGCCGACGAAGGCGACGACAGAGAGGAUUUUGAUAGGCCUCUGGAGGCGCCAGGUACUGAGAACAAACAGGAACCAUACAUUUCUGUCGCAUGCUUACAGUCGUGUAUGUUGUGUGCAGCUGAUGUGCCAUCAUCGGCGUGGAUGCCUUCCGAGAAGCAGGCGCCCAAGCAGCAGACCCUGAUGCCCCCGCUGUCCAUCCCCAAGAAGCCAGCCACACCGUCCCCCGCCUCGCCGCCCCUCCCAUCGUCCACCCCCGAUCGGCCCGUCCUCAAGACCAUCGCUGACCUGCCGUCCUUCCGUGAGUUCCCCAACCUGGCAGACACCGACGAGCCGAGCGGCCAAGAGGAGGGCGAGGCCAAGGCGUCUGCGCCGCGUGUGGUCGAGGCCCUCCCCGCCAGCCCGCUGCACGAUAGGGGGAGCAGCGGUCGUCAGCUCGGCACGGGUGAGUCGGCGAUGUUGCUGCCGCCACCUCCGCCGGCCGGUGUGGGGGUGGGGGUGGGGGUGGGGGGGUCGGUAGAGGAGUCGGUUGUGGAGGAGAUACUGAUGGAGGAGUACAGAGAUGACGAGAGCCUGGAAUCGUUUAGGCAGGGAGGGGAGGUCGGCCGGCCGAUGUGGAUGCGGGGGAGGGGCAAAUAGAUAGAAUCGUGUGUGUAUGUGCUGGCGAGGGCGGUGCAUGCAUGAUGUGUGAGGUGACUGACGGUGUCAGGUAUUGCUUGAAUGUGCGG